CUCUGGAAAGUUCAAGCUUUCUUUUUUCCCUUUCCAAUGGCUACCGUCUCACCGACUCCACUGUUGAAAGAUGAGCUCGACAUCGUCAUCCCAACCAUUAGGAACUUGGACUUUUUGGAGAUGUGGAGGCCCUUUUUCCAGCCUUAUCAUCUCAUCAUAGUUCAAGACGGCGAUCCUUCCAAGGCCAUCAAGGUCCCCGAAGGCUUCGACUAUGAGCUCUACAACAGGAACGACAUCAACAGGAUCUUGGGCCCUAAGGCUUCUUGUAUCUCGUUCAAGGACUCCGCUUGUAGAUGCUUUGGCUACAUGAUCUCCAAGAAGAAGUAUAUUUACACCAUUGACGAUGAUUGCUUUGUUGCUAAAGAUCCAUCCGGCAAAGACAUCAAUGCAUUGGAGCAGCACAUAAAGAACCUCCUGUGUCCGUCCACUCCGUUUUUCUUCAACACUCUUUAUGACCCUUAUCGAGACGGUGCGGACUUUGUUCGUGGCUACCCUUUCAGUCUCCGUGAGGGUGUUCCCACUGCCGUAUCUCACGGUCUCUGGCUCAACAUCCCGGAUUAUGACGCCCCAACUCAGCUUGUCAAGCCACUUGAGAGGAACAAAAGGUAUGUCGAUGCUAUUAUGACGAUACCGAAGGGAACCCUCUUCCCCAUGUGUGGGAUGAAUCUGGCAUUCAAUCGUGAAUUGAUUGGCCCGGCAAUGUACUUUGGACUCAUGGGAGAUGGUCAACCUAUUGGACGAUACGAUGAUAUGUGGGCUGGCUGGUGCACCAAGGUUAUCUGCGAUCACCUCGGAUUGGGAGUGAAGACCGGACUGCCUUACAUUUGGCACAGCAAAGCGAGCAACCCAUUCGUGAAUCUUAAGAAAGAAUACAAAGGGAUUUACUGGCAAGAAGAGCUAAUCCCGUUCUUCCAAUCUGUCACUCUUACAAAGGACUGCACCACGGUCCAGAAAUGCUACAUCGAGAUCUCCAAGCAAGUCAAGGCGAAACUCGGAAAGGUUGAUGACUACUUCAACAAGCUCGCCGAUGCUAUGGUGACAUGGAUCGAAGCAUGGGAUGAACUGAACCCGUCGGCCGCAAAAUCUGCUGAGCUGCCUAACGGUGCUACCAAGUAAAACAACAUCAUUGAUGAGCAUCCUGUAUUGUUUCGAUAUGGAUCGAGCUCUUGGCCGGAAAAGCUUGAAACGUUUAUUUUGCAGGUUGGAGGGAGAGAUGCAUAUAUUAUGUUUGAUGAUAUAUUUAUGGAGUUUAGAGAAGAAUAAGAAAUUUAUGGCGUAUGUAUUGUAUUGAACUUACGAGUUAGCAUAGCAUUUGAUU